AUGGAUGGGAUGGAGGUGAUGCCAGAGGAGCAAGCAAGAGAGAUGUUAGAUUAUGACAACGAGCUCGACCUGUUGUUCUCUAGAGCUUCUUCAGGAGCAGUCAGCAGCUCUAGCAAGCACAGCAGUGCUCCAAGCAAGUUCUCAAGCAAAGCUGAAAAGCAUCGGGAAAUUUUUUAUCCCCCAACGACAUACAGCGCACCGACGUCAGCAGCGCUGCGAUGGAACUCCGAGAGGGUGAAGGAGCGGACGGACGAUGUGGCGAUGAUCGAGCACGACGGGAUCUUCAUGCAGUCAAGCUUCUACCAAGACAAGCAGAUGAGCCGGCAUGUCGCUUUCUUCAAGGACUGGAGAGCGUUGACCAUGGAUGUCAGACAUGAGAUCUUCAAGCAUGCGAUCAGCAAAGUCUUGAGACUUGCUUCACAAGACUACGACACCUUCGCCUCCAUCUUGCGCAGUUUUGACCAUCUCAAGGAUGGCAUGAUCGUCAACUAUGAUUUUCUCAAAGUGUUGGACGUCAUGCACGUCGGGCUCACCCCUGACGAGAAACGAAUUCUGUCUAGAGAGUUCAGCGAUGGCAGCGACAGGGUCAACAUGCUCCACUUUGUGGACGCGCUGGGAGGGGAAGCAGCGCUGCAAAUCAAAAUCACGUCAGGACAAGACGAAACUUGCUGGAUGUUUCUCGAUGUUCAGGAGCUCAAGACCGCAAGACACUAA